ACAAUAUCAGGACGUUCCGAUCCGGGCAGGUCCAGGAGGGGAGAGAGAACUUGUUUGUUUCUUGGGCCAUGGCGGGGCAGGGGGAUCCGGUUCAGAGGGAGAUCCAUCAGGACUGGGCCAAUAGGGAGUACAUUGAGGUGAUCACCAGCAGCAUCAAGAAGAUCGCGGAUUUCCUGAAUUCAUUCGACAUGUCCUGCCGAUCACGGCUAGCUACGCUGAAUGAAAAACUGACAGCAUUAGAGCGAAGGAUCGAAUACAUCGAGGCAAGGGUGACCAAAGGAGAGACCUUGACCUAAGUCGAAUGAAGAUUCAGAACUGCUUGAACUUGAUGUAAUCAUGUCAGUGAUGAGCAAAACCAUUAUAAGUUUAUCAAACUUCUGCCAUCGGACUUCCAUUCCUUUCUAUCAUAACUCUGACCAUUUGAAGCUUUUAAAGAGAGAAAAUGAAAUAAUGUGGACUGCGAUUUCUAAUCUACGUUGGCUAGCUCCCACAUUAGUGAAAGCAGGAGCACUGGAUUAAAUAGGGAAUGAGUGGGGUUGGGGAAGGGAACAUGGUGGGGUUGGGGGUAUUGUGCCAACUGUGUUUGUAGUGAUGUGCAUCUACACCCCCACCCCACUCACCCAAAGUUUAUAGAACUCUGUUCUAAAUAAAAUGUAAUGUAAGUGGAAUGCAGUCUUUCCAUUUUGUUCUUUUGAAUAACACCAAACCAUUUGUAAAUUUCAGCCUGCUAGCUAUCUAGCAAUCUCUUGGCUGAGAGAGUACAGUGUUUCUUAAAGGCAUUACAGAUGUAACCCUUUGGGAGGGGAGGGGUGGAUGAGUAUCACAUUUUGUGGUUUAUUUUCAUUGCUCCAGUGUGGUUCAUUGUAUGUUGGAAAUAAAGAUGUGGAAUAAAA